CCCCGUCUCUCUUGGCCCGCAAACUUCCCGUAGAUAUUGGUUUCAUGAUCCGAUCGAGCGAGGGCGAGAGGAGCGGAUCGCGGUUCCUCGCUCGUCUUGGUCCUUGAUUUUUUUUUUCCUCUGGUAUUAUUGAUCUCUGACGCUUGAUCCUUACUGCGUUGGUCCCAAGCUAAACUGAAGACUCGAGCAAUUUCUUGGCGAUUUUUAUAAGCUGCGCUCGCGCUGUUGCUGUUGCUGGAAUCCUAAUUGUUAUCCCGGUUGUCAGGGAGAUCUUGUCACUCGGCGGACAUGUUCGGUUCCAGCAGUCCUUUUGGUCAAUCUUCAACUAGUCCGUUUGGUGCCCAGCCAAUGUUUGGUCAAACAAGCUCUAGUGCUAGUAAUCCAUUUGCGCCUAAACCCUUUGGAAGUCCGAGUCCUUUUGGCACCCAGAGUGGGAGUUCUAUUUUUGGAGGCACAUCUACUGGUGUCUUUGGACAACAAUCAACACCUGCCUUUGGUGCUUCAUCAGCUCCGGCUUUUGGGAGUUCCAUGCCUGCCUUUGGGGCAUCAUCAACUCCUGCAUUUGGCAGUGCUUCGUCUUCAUUCGGUGGAUCUUCUUUGUUUGGGCAGAAGCCAGCCUUUGGAUCAUUUGGUUCAUCUCCCAGCCAAUCAAGUCCAUUUGGCAGUACGUUUCAGCAAACACAACCAGCAUUUGGGAGUGGCCUCUUUGGUUCCACAACCCCAUUUGGUCAAUCAAGUCAACCUGCAUUUGGUGCUACUACCACUCCAGCUUUUGGCUCUACAGGCACCCCAGCAUUUGGUGCCACAAGCACUCCAGCAUUUGGUGCCACAACUACACCAGCAUUUGGUUCAGCAGCAACGUCCCUUUUUGGUUCCACAGGAACUUCCUUUGGGGUUUCAAGUUCUCCAGCGUUUGGCUCAACAGCAACACCAUCGUUUGGUACUCCAACCACCUCCAUUUAUGGUUCUUCAAGUACGCCAGCAUUUGGUGCAUCUAGUGCCCCCACGUUCAGCUCUCCAACUGUUUCUGCUUUUGGCACAUCAAAUACUCCUUUCAAUUUUAGUUCCACCCCAGCAUUUGGUCAGUCGACAUCUGCAUUUGGUAGUACACCUUUUGGAGCAUCACCAUCUCCUUUUGGUGGUCAGAGUUCCCCAUUUGGUGCUCAGGCAACAACACCAUCCUUUGGUAGCCCAGGUUUUGGACAAUCAGCUUUUGGGGCUCAACCUGGAGGAACAAGAGUUGCAUCAUAUAGCCCAACACCUGAAGCUGAUGGUGGCACUAGUAGUCAGCCUGCUGGCAAGCUGGAAUCCAUAAGUGCCAUGCCUGUGUAUAAAGACAAGAGCCAUGAGGAAUUGAGAUGGGAGGAUUAUCAACGUGGUGAUAAAGGGGGAUCCAAUCAAUCUGGACAGCUUGCUGGAGCAACAAAUUUUUUGGCUCCAUCUCAACCCAGUCCUUUUGGUGCUACAGGCACAUUUGGUCAAUCUUCUGCAAACCCUUUUUCUUCUACCACACCUGCGAAUCCCUUUGCUCUUAAAUCUCCAAGUUUUGGUUCUUCUGGUUUUGGUUCCACAUCUACAUCACUUUUCAGCUCCCCAUUCUCUGCUUCUUCAUCAAGUCCGUUUGGUUCAACUUCUACAGCUUCCAUAUUUGGUGCUUCCAGCAGUUCUACAUUUGGUUCAAGUUCAUCACCCUCACUUUUUGGUGGGUCAGCUGCACCUGCUUUUGGAUCUUCUACAUCACUCUUUGGCAAUUCAUUGGCAGGGUCAAAUUCUGCUUUUGGAUCUGGCCUGGCAUUUGGCAAUAAUCAAGCUUCUGGGCUGUUCCAGUCCUCACCUUCACCUUUUGGGCAAACAUCAACUGCUUUUGGACAGCCAACUAGUGGAACCACUUCUGCUUUUGGAUCAAAUCUAUUUAGCACUCCAUCUACUGGUUUUGGUGGGAGUUUAUUCAGCAGUUCAACUCCAUCACUCUUUCCUUCAAGUACUCCAGUUGGAUAUAAUAUGACUCCUUCAGCACUGACACCCUUCCAACCAGCUCCAGCACUCCAGACAUCAAGCACAUUCUCAUUUGCAAAUUUUGGACAGGCACAACCAGCCUCUUCUGGUGGCUUUGGUGGUAUGCCCAACAUCUUCACUCAAAGCACCUUUGGACAGCCUGCUGCUGGCCAGGCCAAUGUGGUCAUGCAACCAGUUCCUGUUGCAAACCCCUUUGGGACACUUCCGGCAAUGCCUCAGAUGUCAAUUGGUCGUGUAGGCUCUACCCCCUCAAUUCAGUAUGGAAUUUCGAGCAUGCCGGUUUCUGAUAAGCCUAUUCCUGCAAGGACUUCACCAUUACUAGUUCCACGAAUUUCCUCUCAGAGAAGGAUUAGACUGCCUCCAAGGAAGUACUCCCCUAAAACUGAUGGUCCAAAGUUGCCCUUUUUCGCUGAUGAUGAAACACCUUCUACACCAAAGGCGGAUGCACUUUUCAUUCCCAGAGAGAAUCCUAGGGCUCUGGUUAUACGUCCAGUUGAGGAAUGGCCUCCUCGAAGUACUCUGGAAAAGGGUAGUAUCUCCAAGUAUGGAACAAAGUCAGCUGAUGAAAAUGCUGUAGGAAUGCCUUCUGCUCCAGCUUAUAAGGAACUUGAUGAAGGUAAUCAUGAUGAACCUGUCACUGAAAAUGGACACACGAGGGAUCAUUCUAGCCCAACCGCAUCACCCUCUAAAGCUAUACAUAAAGCGAACGGCACAACUGAUGAUGAUCAUAUGCAAAAAGCUACAGACUCUUAUGUGAAAAUAUCCGGACACAGGGCAGGCAAGGCUGCAAUUGUGUAUGAGCAUGGUCCAAGCAUAGAAGCAUUGAUGCCCAAGCUCCGCCGAGAUGACUACUAUACUAUACCUCGGAUCCAGGAGUUGGCUGCAAAAGAGCGUGCAGAGCCAGGCUUUUGCAGGCGCGUCAAAGAUUUUGUGGUCGGCCGGCAUGGUUACGGCAGCAUCAAGUUCUAUGGGGAGACCGAUGUCCGGGUGCUCGACCUGGAGUCGAUUGUACAAUUCAACAACCGUGAAGUGAUCGUUUACAAUGAUGACGACAAGAAGCCUCCGGUCGGGCAAGGGCUGAACAAGCCUGCAGAGGUGACACUCCUCAACAUCAAAUGCAUUGACAAGAAGACAGGAGAGCAGUUAACAGAAGGUCCAAGGGUGGAAAGGUACAAGGAGAUGUUGGCGCGGAAGGUGAAGGAGCAAGGGGCGGAAUUCAUUGCCUAUGAUCCUGUCAAGGCGGAGUGGAAGUUCAAGGUGAAGCACUUUAGCAGGUAUAGGUUUGUGGACAUGGAUCUGAUGGUUUGAGAAGUCUAAAAAACUCGAGGGGUCUGUGAUGGUGAAGCCUUGAAUUCUUUCAAGUUUCCAAGUUUUGUGUUUUGUAUAGGAUUUCAACUUCGGGUAGUAGUGAAGUACAGGGACACUACUGUUUGGUGCUGUUCUUAUGCCAAACUCUUUUUGUUCUUUUUUUUUUAAAACAUGAUUCUUUUGAGCUGUGACUGAAAUGGCUUUGAAGUAUCCAUUUUGCUCUA